AUGAGCCAGGCCGUACUUGACCAAUGCGUUGCUGCUUUUGAGCUCUUCACCAAGGACACAACCGACCAGCUCCUUGGCGUUGCUGAGCUCGAUCUGGUUCUCCGAGCUCUUGGCCAGGAACCCAACCCAAAGGAGCUUGGAGAAAUCAUGCAGGGAUACGGAUCCAAGUUCGGCAAGAUGAACUUGGACGACUUCCUCGAACUCAUGCAGCAGCAGAUCCGAGCGAACACCUCCGACCGAAAUGCUGACUCUCUCCCCGCCGCCACCAUUGCCUUCUUCGCCGAGGCCUUCCGACUUUUCGACAAGGACCAGGACGGAUAUUUGAACAUGGACGAACUCAAGAACGCUCUUUCUCUCAUCGGCCAGGACGGCUCUGCGGAAGAAUUGAUGGUCGCUUCCGACGCCAACAAGGAUCACAAACUCGACUUCGACGAAUUCGUCGAGAUGAUGAAAGAUAUCGAUGUUUGA